AUGGCGGACCCUUUCGAAGUUCGCAUGCGUUUCACCACGCUUCUCACCCAUCUCUCUGCAUCCGCAACGGCGUCAAUAAAGACUGCACACUAUGCACUCAAACACCGGGACAUGGACGAGGAUUUGCACUCCUGCAUCCUCGAAAAUCUGGAGAGGGGAAAUAACAUGAACAACCGAGCAAACAUCAUGUACUUUCUGGAACAUCACGCUGACAUCAACAUGAAAGAAGGCGGGCACGAGGCGUAUGUGGAAAUGGUCAAGCGGGAUAUUCGGCGGAUCGUGGAUGCGGUCGCACAAAGUGGCGCAAAUGUCAAGGUUGUGAGAAGGGUUGUGACCAGCCUGGGCGAAAAGGGAGUACUCACCCCCAAUGUUCUCUCCGGGAUCGAGUCUGGAUUGAAAGAGAAAGAAGAAAAAAUGGGAAGGCUACUUGGAGAUGAAGAUGGUAAGCCAGAAGGUGAUAAGCAUGCCGUGGACAUGACGGCAGAUGGUACAGCGGACAGUCAUAAAGUCACACCAAGACCCGGACCAAAUUCCGGAAAGUCGAACGCCGUCUCGAAAAUGGACAAGAGAGCAAUUGAGCAGAGAAUCGAGGAGGACAGAGAACGAAACAAACGACUGCGCGAAAGUGUCUGGGCAGUUACUGGAGACGACGACCAGGAACUAGACAAGAUGUGGGAGGAAGGAAGCUAUCUUGGUGAAGACGAACGUGUGAUUGCUGGCGAAGAAGCAGAGGAGCGACUCCAGUUCACACGGUAUCAUCGAAUGAUGUUAGGAACUUGA